AAACUAUGAUACGAGAAAAUGACCACACGCCAUUUUUACUUCCAGAAUCGUCGGCUAUCCAUGUGACAAAGUGGUGUAAGAAAUCCGUCAUCAUCGAGCCUGUUUUACUCUUAAAAAUAUAUAUACCGUGAAGUAUUAACAUCCAGAUUCUCAGGGAUGGCUGGUAGAGGAGGGCAAAAUGGCAUGAUGCGGAGAUCUGAGUAUCAAGAUAAGGACAAACCAACUCAGAUUCGCUACAGUAACAUUACUGCUGCCAAAGCUGUGGCCGAUGCCAUUAGGAGCCUUGGUCCAAGAGGCAUGGAUAAGAUGAUCCAGGCUGCUAAUGGAGAUGUCACAAUCACAAAUGAUGGAGCAACAAUCUUGAAGCAGAUGCAGGUGCUUCACCCUGCUGCCAAGAUGUUAGUGGAGCUCUCAAAGGCACAAGACGUUGAGGCUGGAGACGGCACUACUUCUGUAGUCAUUAUGGCUGGAAGUCUUUUGGAUGCAAGUGCAAAGCUGCUGGCCAAAGGAAUCCAUCCAACUACCAUCUCGGAGUCAUUCCAAAGUGCAGCAGUCAAGUCUGUGGAAAUCCUUGAAAGCAUGGUCACACCUCUCGACUUGUCAGACAGGGAAUCACUGCUGAAGAGUGCUUCCACUUCUUUAAAUUCUAAGGUUGUCUCCCAGUACUCCAGUCAACUAGCCCCCAUUGCUGUAGAUGCUGUUCUCAAGGUCAUUGAUCCUGCCACUGCUACCAAUGUUGAUCUCAGAGAUAUCAAGCUUAUGAGAUACCUUGGGGGUACACUAGAGGAUACAGAACUGGUGGAUGGGCUUGUGUUCAAAAGUCGUGCAGCUGGAGCUGGUGGUCCAACCAAAGUGGAAAAGGCCAAGAUAGCUCUUAUCCAGUUUUGCAUCUCACCGCCUAAAACUGAUAUGGAAAACCAAGUGAUAGUGUCUGAUUAUGCUCAGAUGGAUAGAGUCCUUCGUGAAGAGAGAAACUACAUCCUAGAAAUCAUCAAGAAAAUUAAGAAAGCUGGAUGUAACGUUCUUCUCAUCCAGAAAUCUAUCCUCAGGGAUGCGGUUUCAGACUUAGCACUACACUUUCUGGCCAAGAUGAAAAUAAUGGUCAUCAAGGAUAUUGAACGAGAAGAUGUGGAGUUUGUUUGCAAGACUCUUGGCUGUAGACCUAUUGCAAGUGUUGAUCACUUUGUGCCAGAGAGUCUUUCAUCUGCUGAUCUUGUUGAAGAAGUGCAGGCUGGCUCAAGCAAAAUUGUCAAGGUGACCGGCAUUGCCAACCCUGGUAAAACUGUAUCAGUGUUGAUUCGCGGCUCAAAUAAGUUGGUUCUUGAGGAAGCAGAGAGAUCUCUUCAUGAUGCACUAUGUGUCAUCCGAUGCCUCGUCAAGAAAAGGGCUUUGAUUGCUGGUGGUGGUGCUCCAGAGACAGAACUGGCCAUGCGUUUAGCAGAAUAUGCCAACACCCUAUCUGGAAUGGAACAAUACUGUUUCCGUGCUUUUGCCGAGGCUUUGGAAGUGAUACCUUUCACUCUUGCUGAAAAUGCUGGACUCAAUCCUAUCUCAACAGUCACUGACCUUCGCACUAGACAUGCCCAGGGUGAGCUGACAGCUGGCAUCAAUGUGAGAAAGGGUGCCAUUACAAAUAUCCUUGAAGAAAGUGUUGUACAGCCAUUACUUGUAUCUACUAGUGCCAUCACCUUAGCAUCCGAGACUGUUCGCUCCAUACUCAAGAUAGAUGAUAUUGUGAACUGUGUGCGAAGCUGAAUAAUGCAGAGUUGACAAGCACCACGCUGCUCUAGACUACCAGCAUUUUGUCUUCAUGCUUCUUUGGGUCAGACAUUGCCCUUGUGAUUUAGGUGCCUGAUCAGAUUCUUUUUAAAAUAUUUGAAAUUUACAUUUGAUUGCAGGAGCACAACUGUAAGACUGAUACCUUCAGCAGACUAUCUUUCUGUUCAGUGCAAACUGAAAGUGUGCUGCCAACAAAUGUACACUAAGUCUUUGUUAAGCAAAAUUUGUGUUGCUUUUUUUAAGUGUAUAUGGAUAAAGUGUGCAUCAUUUAUCAUUUGUGGUAUUAUGCAAAGUGGCUGAUGAGAACUGUAAUCUGAAGUUGCAAUCAGUUGGGGAUCGACCUAUUUCUCCUGGAGAAUGAGUGUGCCACACAGGCUGACCUCAUACUGAGAUUUUUCUUAAAAAUAUGAAAAUGCCUGUUGCUAGAUCAAAUAUUUAAAAUGGUUUACCACAUGAUAGUGCUCUCUGCUGUCUCUUGCAAAGUAAAUGUUAAAGCGCACAUGAGGUUGAAGACUGGUGGGAGAGAGAAAAUCAGAAAAUGAAAAAGUUAACAAUAAAGGAGAAUCUGUGCCACUGGCUUCUCAUUAAAAACUGCUAUGACCAGUUCAGUGUUAUAUAUUAUGCUGAAGGUAAAAUUGCCAUCUUUCUUAACUUGCCAGAACCAACUAAAUUUGAGAAAUUCUUGAACUGAGACCUUUGUGUAGUCUUCUCAAAUCCUAUACCUGGCCACAUUCCAUGAAAAAUGCAUUGCAUUGUGGUGGAGAAAACAUUUCCCUUGUUAAAUGUAUUUUUGUGACACUCAGCCUGCUCACAGACAAGGAGGAGGAUCUGCAUUGGUCGCAAAAAGUCAGUCAAUGUAACCUGUUUUUAAAUAGAACCGUGAUGGAACAUACUUGGCGUGUGUGGGACCAGAUGCUAUAGGAAUACAUGAAACAAGUCUCUUGGACAAGAAAUGUGUACAGUCAGUUUAAUCAAAGACUUAAGCUGGUCAUCAACAGAAAACAGUAUAGCCUAGUAGGUAACAGUAAACUCCAGAAUGCCAACUACGGGUGACAUUUGUUAAGGUCCCCAAUCGUAACAACUUGAAUGUGCAUGCUUGUUCAGUGUGGCAGAUGCAUUGACAGAAAAGUGGUGACCACCUCUGUGUCAAAGGGGACCACUGUAUUGAAGCCAAGAAAGAUGACUAAAAACCUGUAUACAGUAAUAUCUACUUGAGCUUUGAAUUCAGGGUACGAGAAAAACGAUCCUAUUUAACAAGUUUGAACCAAAGAUUAAGGAUCAGUGAUGAAAAAAUAAACAUUAACUUUUAAAAAAUCUGCUUGAUGCUCUUUGUGUGCGUUCAUUUCUGGCCUUUAAUAAGUCUAAUAGCAUGCUAAUUUUUUUCUCCAGUUUGCCAUGUAAUAUGGCAGCGGGCAAUAAGUGUAGGAUCUUUGUUCAUGGUGUCUGUACCAUUGUGUUCAUAUAUUCCUCAACCACCACCCUUUUUUACAAUUAUUUUUGUUUUUAAUAAAAGCAUGUUUCUCAUAA